GUUCCCCCUCCGGUUCCUAACCUCUCCAUUGCUCUCCUUGCCGGCCGUUCUUCCUCGCCCUGUGGCGCUGGCAUUUGCCACCCACAGGCCCCGCCACUUGCAUCUGCGGCGGUUGCUAAGCUUGUCGAGGUGCAUGCUGAUAUGGUGCCCCCUCCGAUUGCGGCCGGGGCUGCUGAUCGAGAGCGACCCCCCAAGCCGCGGCAGCGCCUGUUGGCUGCACAGGCCCCCGGCAACCGCGCCAUGCUCCGGGCUACUCAGGUCAAGGUGCUCCCGGACAUUGUCCGCUCAGCUCCUUUCUUUGGGGCCCAGGUUGGGACUUACUCAUGCGUCGGCUUUCCUUGGGGUACUUAUGCAGUUUUUGAUGUUGUGCGGCACCAUGCCGUAGGACGCAUACAUGCCACCGCGACUCUGCAAGAGGUCAUUGCGACGGCCGUUGAGGGCGCACCCUACCCGGUCAGUGCGGUCCAGAUCUUGAUGGAUCCCGUACCGCACCUCCCGGCCCCUCAGAUCGUCCUAAGGCCCACUAGCCAACAGCCUGGUCAUUGGCCUGUUGUUUGGGAUCUACGCCGGAUUGGGGAAGAUAUUUUCACAAUUCUCCUCAGCCCCGGGCACGCGCGGACAGAGGCUCUACUUACCUUGCAGCGCAAGAUGCAGGCCCCACGCAAUCUGGUGCACGAGGUCCAGGACGGAGCCCUGGCCUUAGCAGACUCAGCAGGUAUCAUCGGCGCCGCCUUAGCCGAGGACCUCUUGCAGGUGCAGCACGUUCCCGCGCACCAAAUGCGCAGCCCCGGCACCUGGCCACGCCCUAGGCCACUUAUGCAGACAGGUAUUAUGGAAGGUGUGGCACAGGCUGGCAAUGCCCGGGUGACCUCUUUGUCUCCAUUGCCCACAGGUGUUAGACUCACCCUGUUGCGCGGCCAACAUGCACACAGCAUAGACUGCGAGGCCAAUAACCCGGUCUUGGACCAGCUUAUCUACGAGCUCGUCGCUCGUCACGCAGCCGACGAGCCCCUGCCCAGCCUCUUCGGUCUUGUGCUGGCGAGCGCCCAGCCUUUGCGGAUGGGCUACUACCAGGAAGCCGUCCUCCUCAUCCAAGAGACGAGUUCUCUAGUUACUGUUUGGGAUGGACGUCAUCUGGGGCAAGAGCUGAGCACAAACUUCCAUGCCGCCGGGCAGCACACCCAUCAGGUCCUUCCUGAGGCCUGGCGUCGGGAUGGCUGGCGGCUGGUCGUCGCUACGCUCCCCCGGAUGCCUUCCCUCCCCACGGCUGCUGCUGUUUGCUGGUCUUCCUUGCCCGCGUGGGAUGGACGGGCCCCGCUGGAAGCUGUGUACGCAUUUACCGAUAGCUCCUUCUUUCCUGGUUCCGCCUGUGCGGGCUGGUCUGUCGUGCUCUUGGGCCUCUGCAGACAACAGCCUGUGCGAAUCGGUGCCAUAGCGGGCACAUGUGAGGGUGACUCGGCGUAUGCGGGGGGGCUUCGAGCGAUUGUGUACGCUCGAGCCUUUGCUUUGUCGCAGCGGCCCGUGCCCGCUGUCAUCGGCAGUGACUGCACAUCUGCUCUUUCUGUGUCUUUUGGCAUGGCGACAUUCGCCCGCGACGACCUCGCAGCCAGGGCCGCUGUGGGGCUUGCAUUGAUUUCGACAGCCUUCCACCAGGCAGUGGCGCCCCUUCAUGUGCGCUCACAUGUCGGAUGUGCUUUUAACGACCUCGCCGACGGCCUGGCGAAAUGCGCUGCCAAGGGGCUUCUUCCGACUUCAUGGCAAUUUCACCCCGAGGUUUUUUGGCAAGGCGUCAGGGAGGGAGUUGCGGAUUGGUUGUGGAUGCUUGCGCCUGGUUUCUCUAGCGGCAGUUGCCUCCCUCCUGUGACUUCGCAGGGCACCUGGACUGCAGCCUCCUGCGUUAUGCCUACGAGCACUCAGGCCGACCCCGCUCUUUUUUGUCCGUCGCCGCCUGCCAGCCAGGGUUGCGCUCAGAUCAAAUCACGGGUGCUCCAGUACAACUGCCUCUCACUUCGGGGUAAACCAGCUCAGGAGAUGAUGUCCAGCGGUCUCUCCGGUCUCGAAGUGGCGGUUGCUAUGCUGCAGGAAACUCGCCUCUCGGGAGAUCCCGUACGGAUGAUUGGUGACCACUGGGUCCUGAGUUCCCCUUGCGAUGAUCAAGGUCCUCUCCAGGUUGGUCUUGUCUCCGGCCACGCGCCCUUUGCUAAAGCCUCUGCUGACCGCCGGGACAAGUGGUGGCGCCUCCUGACGGCGCAGGUCCGGCGCAUCCCUCGCGGCUGUGUUCUUCUAGCCGGCCUGGAUGCCAAUGCGCGCUUCCAUGCGGCUGGACAAGACGGUGCCAUUGACUAUGUUCUUUGUCCCAAGGAUUGGGGGCCCUGCCUUACCACAUUUGACACCCCCUCUCUCAAUGAUCAGCAGGGCUUUGACCAUUGGCCACUCCUGGCAGGCAUCACGGCAUCAAUGGAGGGCUCCUUUGCUCAGCCCCGGCCCUCUAUCAGCCCCUCUUCCCUUGGCAGCCUCUACGGUCAGCACUUGGCUGCUGCUACGGUCGCUACUCUCCCUGCGGUGACAUGGGAUGUCGAUGCGACCACGCAUGUUCAGAUUUUUCAUGCACACAUCAACGCUCAAUUGACGUCUUGCCUGCCCAAGCAGCCCAAAGAAGCGAGGCACCCAGCAGUCUCGGCCGAUACCCUUGAGCUCGUUCGGGGCCACCGGCUCCUCCGCCAG